GGUCUCAUUUCCAAUUUGCACAGCCUCCCCACACAUACCAUGGGCAUCACGACCGCCGAGCGCCAGCAGUACCAGCUCAAGGGCAUCGAAGCCUGGCUCGUCAAGCUUGGCCACCACGAGAAGGCCGCGCCCAUUGCCGAGAACACACCGUUCAAGGCGGAGCUGAGUGCGAUCAAGACGGUGCUCAAGCAGCACAAGUCGCAGCUCUCGUUCCUUUCCAAGCACGUCAAGGCGCCGGUGACGCCGCCACGCCACUACUACACCACGGGCAUUAUCGUCUCGGGCAAGCGCACGCCGUUCACCAAGUAUGCGGCUCACAAGGGCCAGAAGAAGCGCCUCGACACGGUGUACGAGACGGACCAGCUCUGGAAGGCCCGCGUCGACGAAGAGAAGGCCACCAAGACGGCGGCCGCCGUGCAGAUGCUCAUUCGAUGAGCAUUUCGUAGCGCCGUAUUUAUCAUCGUUUUUCUAAUUUAACCUUUUGGACCGAAAUGACUUGGGCUGCGGAUGAUACUGACG